AUGCGGAGACAGAUUGUACAUGCCCCACGGCCGCACACGCAGGCUUUCUCGCGCCCGAGGAGCGACAAGGCCGGCGAGGAGGAUGAGGCGGGGGAGGGCAAGCUCAUGGACGGGCUGAAGGCGGAUGUCGAGGAUGGGAGCAUGGAUCUGGACGCGAGGCUGACGGAUAUGGGGAUCGACCCCAAGCAGUACAAGGCGCUCUGGAACAGCCAGCAAAAGGCCGACGAGCGCUUCGCGCAGUGGGAGCCUAAGACGCGCGAGGAGGCCCAGCAGCGCUGGAAGGACCUCCAGAAGACGCCCGACCACCUCACCCUGCUGCACAUGUACAAGCGCGCUGGCGUCGAGCCCAUUAAGCUGGCAAAAGAACGCGGCAUCACGCUCCCCACCGACACCCCACCCCUCGACGACAAAUCCCAAAAAACCCUCGACGCCCUCCGCACCCCCAUCAACGUGCAAGCCGUGCACCUGCGCCCCCUACGCCGCACCCCGCAAUACGGCGUGCCCGUCUGCGACCUCCAGCUGCGCACCUACUCGAUCCGCAACCUCCUGCUAUUCGCCGACUUCGCCGUGCGCGCCGCCUACUACAUGGGGCUAUGCGCACGGGGGCCCAUCCCACUCCCACGCAUCACCGAGCGCUGGACCGUGCCGCGCUCGAAUUUCAUCUUCAAGAAGUCGCAGGAGAACUUUGAGCGGGUGACGAUGCGCCGGCUGGUGCAGAUCCAGGACGGCCAUCCGGAUGUGGUCAAGGCGUGGCUGGCGUUUUUGGCAAAACAUCAGUACCAUGGCGUGGGUAUGAAGGCGAAUAUCUGGGAGUAUGAGGGCUUGGAGGCUGCGACGAGGGCGGGGUAUGAGGUUAAGGAGGGCGAUUGGAGUAGGAGGCGGGAGGGCCCUGUGCUGGAUAAGGUGGAGGAGAUUCUGGGCGGGAAGUCGUUUAAGGAGGUUAUGGAGGGGAAUGAGAGUGGGAUUGAGUUGAGGCCGUGA